GGGGUUACCCACCAGGGUUCACUGUCCCCCGUGCAGAUGGUGGUGCCUAGAUGUCACCGAGCCCUGUUUCCUGUGCCUUCUGCAGAUGCUGAUGCCCAAGAAGAACCGAAUCGCCAUCUAUGAGCUGCUGUUCAAGGAGGGGGUGAUGGUGGCCAAGAAGGACGUGCACAUGCCCAAACACCCCGAGCUCGUGGACAAGAAUGUGCCCAACCUGCACGUCAUGAAAGCCAUGCAGUCCCUCAAGUCCCGAGGGUACGUGAAGGAGCAGUUUGCCUGGAGACACUUCUACUGGUACCUGACCAACGAGGGCAUCCAGUACCUGCGGGAUUAUCUCCACCUGCCCCCUGAGAUUGUCCCGGCCACGCUGCGCCGGAGCCGCCCUGAGACCGGCAGGCCCCGGCCCAAAGGUCUGGAGGGCGAGCGCCCAGCGCGGCUCACACGGGGUGAGGCUGACCGGGACACAUACCGCCGCAGCGCCGUGCCACCUGGUGCUGACAAGAAGGCUGAGGCUGGUGCUGGAGCAGCCACAGAAUUCCAGUUCAGAGGUGGAUUUGGUCGUGGACGUGGUCAGCCCCCACAGUAGAACUUCAUGUUUUGUGUAUAAUAAAAGAGGUGAAAAUGCCA